UUGAACGUCGACCACAGUAAAUUAUUGAAUAUUUCCUGUGUCAGGUCAUUAUACCACAGUCGAGUUAAUUAAUGUAUAUAUUAUAUUUUUUAAUCUAUGACAGUACACCGUAUUUGUUAACACACAUCAUUCGUUGGUCAUUACUAUUGUCUUAUUAUUUAAUUUAGAUCAAUGUUAAUGGUCAGUACUUCGGUGACCGUAGAGUCGCGAUUACGAGUUCCGCUUGUCGCCAUAUCCGUUUAAAUUCUCUGCGCACGGGGACCACAGCCAAGACACCCAAAAUUGGACAGUCCGGACACAGCCUCUGCUGGAGCAAUCGGUCGAAUAACCCACAGAUAAUAAAAUUCAUUAUUAUCUAUGGAAUAACCCGAUAACACCCUUGUAGAACAGGGUAGAACCGUCGGGAAACGUAUCACCCACCCACACAUUAAAUUACGUAGCCGCAAAACAAUUUGUAGCCUUAUCAUAUCUCUGGCUCAAUAAACAAUAUAUAAGACUACCUAUAUUAAUUUGUAUAAGAGGGGAAAAAGUGGUCGGCGAGAUCAGAAGCCAAUGUUUAUGAUUGAAAUCACGGCAUCACAUGCGUUCCACCUUCUACAUCGCGCGUAGUGUGCCGAUAAACGUAUAGAUAUACGAAUAAUUUUAAAACAUAAUUGCUCUUAAUCGCCUUAAAUGUCUACUAUUCCUAAUUUGCCCAUUUUUAUUGAAGACGACGCUAUCGAAGAUGGAUCUCGAGCCAUAUUGAAACUGAUAAGACCAGACUGGAAUUUGGAAAAUAUCCGUUACAAGUUGUUCACAGAUGGUAUUACUAACAAGUUGGUUGGUUUGUUCAACGAUUCGUAUCCAGAUGAUGGUGUGCUGGUACGCGUCUACGGCAAAAAUACGGAACAGAUCAUUGAUAGAAAAGCAGAAUUCGAAAACUUUAAGUUUUUGUAUCGUGCUGGACUCGCACCUGACUUGUAUGCAACAUUUAAUAACGGCAUGGUGUAUAAAUACAUUAAAGGGGAAACGCUAACCACUUCCACAGUCCGGGACCCGAGCAUUUAUAGGCUAGUGGCUAAAACAAUGGCAAGAUUUCAUCGGCUAGGUACAAGUGGGAUAAGUGCAGAAGACGGAGCGAUCAAAUCCGAACUUUGGAAUAAAAUGGAACAGUUCGCCAAUCUCAUCCCUAAACGUUUUAGUUCUCCGUCCAAUGACCUUCAAUUCCGGAAGAUAUUCUCCCAAGGCAUCGAGGGCUUGCGGGCUGAUAUCGAAACGAUGAAAACAUUGCUGGAGGAUAUCGGAAGUCCAGUCGUGUUCUGUCACAACGACCUGUUGUUGACCAACAUACUUUUGCAAAGAGACAGUACAGUGAGUGGUCAUCCCGCCAGCGUUGCAUUUAUCGAUUAUGAGUACGCCAUGUUCAACAAUCAGGCGUUCGACAUAGCUAAUCAUUUUAUUGAAUUUGCUGGUGUACAAGAACCUGACUUUUCAUUGUAUCCAAAUGUCGAUUUGCAAAUGGAUUGGCUGAAAUCGUACUUGGAAGAAUACACCGGUGAAUCGUUAGACCAAAAUGAUGAAAGGGUUGCUGCACUUAAACACCAAGUGGACAUGUUUACUAUUGCGUCACAUUUAUUGUGGAUAUUCUGGUCACUCGUACAAACCGAAAUAUCGGAGAUCGAUUUUGAUUAUUUAAAAUACGCAGAAAUGAGAUAUGAGCAGUACACAAAAGCAAAAAGUUCACUCAUAAAAUAAAUAUUUUAUUGCAUUCCAAAAAUAAUUCCAUUACUUAACACUCAACUUCAACGUGCUUCUCUCUAUCCCAGUAUAGGGAUAAGGACAUGUUAUAAUAUAGGCUCAAGCUUUUGUUCAUAAAUUAUAAUUUAUAGCCUUAUAGGCAAUACGCUUUAUCAAUACUUUAAGAUAAAUUCUAUGCCUCUGUAAAUCAAAAAACGUGAUUAACCAAUGCCGUUGUCAAAUUUCAUUGUAAUCGCAGACCGCAGUAUUAUAAUUUAGUGCCAACAAAUUUGUUAAAAUAUACAAAACUAUUAUAUAUUAUAUUAUAUUGUGUAUAGUUACACCAACACAGCUAAUUUGUUAGCAGCAAAAUAAUCAACAUCUUAUUAUAAUCAGUAUAUAUAAAUAUACCAAAUAAUAAAAAGCGUAUAAUAUAAUAUACCUAUUAACAAAAAUAUGUAUUUAUUUUUUAAUAAGUAUUAAUAUAAUAUAAUGUAUGGGUCACAUACCUAGUCCAAACAUCAUAUAGGUGUGUUUAUAUGGUUUUAUUUACACUUUUUUAUAAAUUACUUAUUAUAAAUACUUUUUUAAUAUUGCUAAUCGAACAAAAAUAUUUUCCUAUAUGAAUACUAUAUUGUUAUAGUGUCAAUACGGCAUAUAAGUACAAUAUAAUUAUCAUAUAGUUACAUUUACGCAAAUAAAUUAUUACAAUUUAUUAUUA